UCCGUGAUGCUUUUGCUCCCUCCACUUUACUUAUUUUCUACAUCUAAUACUGUUACUCUUCUAUGAGCAAAGUUCAAUGUACGAGAGCUCUCACAGACUCAUAGUGCAAGUAGACGGCUCAGAUCACGAGCACAUCCUCUGUAGCUGAUAUCUGGCCGUGUACUUCUUCUUUAGUCUGAACUGAAUGAGCAGUCUCAAAUUUGUGCAUUGUCAAACAUACUACAAAGUAGAGCACUCACGUUCUAGGAAGGCACUUCUCGAAGCAGCAGUCCCUGAUUCUACUUAAACUCAUCUGUAUACGGCAUUAUCGUGGUAUCCUAAUACUUUUUCAAGGCAGUUUCUUGGAUAAUGGAGUCCUGUGAUUGCAUUGACUUUCAGUGGCCGCCAGAUGAACUUCUAGUGAAAUAUCAGUAUAUAUCAGACGUUUUCAUCGCCCUCGCAUAUUUUUCCAUCCCCCUUGAGCUCAUAUAUUUUGUGCAGAAAUCGUCAUUCUUCCCAUACAGAUGGGUGCUGAUACAGUUUGGUGCUUUUAUUGUUCUUUGUGGAGCAACCCACCUUAUAAACUUGUGGACGUUCUUCAUGCACUCUAAAGUUGUUGCUAUAGUGAUGACUGUUGCAAAGAUAGCUUGUGCAGUUGUAUCGUGUUUCACUGCUUUGAUGCUUAUUCAUAUUAUUCCCGAUCUAUUAAGUGUUAAAAAACGUGAAUCAAUUCUGAAAAACAAGGCUGAUGAGCUUGACAAGGAGAUGGGCCUUAUUCUUACUCAAGAAGAAGCUGGAAGGAAUGUCAGAAUGCUUACUCAUGAAAUUAGAAGCACACUUGACAGACAUACCAUCUUGAAAACCACUCUUGUUGAGCUUGGUAGGACCUUAAACCUGGAGGAGUGUGCACUAUGGAUGCCAUCACAUGGUGGUUCAAAUCUCCAUCUUUCUCAUACUCUUAAUUACCAAAUACAAGUUGCGUCUUCCGUGCCAAUAAACCUUCCUGUAGUUAAACGAGUUCUUGAUAGUGCACAAGCAGAACGUAUACCAUAUACUUGCCCAUUGGCAAGGAUCAGACCACUUGUAGGAAGAUACGUGCCUCCUGAGGUCGUUGCUAUCCGGGUACCGCUUUUACAUCUCUCAAAUUUCCAAAUUAACAAUUGGCCUGAGCUCUCUGCAAAAAGCUAUGCAAUCAUGGUUCUGAUUCUCCCGACAGAUAGUGCCAGAAAAUGGCAUGACCAUGAAUUGGAACUUGUUGAAGUUGUUGCAGACCAGGUAGCUGUUGCUCUUUCACAUGCUGCUAUUCUAGAAGACUCCAUGCGAGCUCGUGAUCAGCUCGUGGAGCAGAAUUUUGCCUUAGAACUAGCUCGUCGCGAGGCAGAGAAGGCAAUCCGUGCUCGAAAUGAUUUUCUGGCCGUCAUGAACCAUGAGAUGAGAACACCAAUGCAAGCAAUUAUUGCUUUGUGCUCACUUCUUUUAGAAACUGAUUUAACUCCAGAACAAAGGGUUAUGCUAGAGACAAUUCUAAAAAGCAGCAACCUUAUGGCAACACUUGUUAACGACGUUCUAGAUCUCUCUAGGCUUGAAGAUGGCUGCCUUGAAUUAGACUACGGAGUGUUCAGUCUUCAUGGUAUUUUCAAGGAGGUCAGUAAUUUAAUAAAACCAAUCGCAUCUAUAAAGAAGUUAUCUAUAUCUUCAAUUAUGGCGCCAGAUUUACCUCAGUGUGCUGUUGGUGAUGAGAAACGGCUUAUGCAGACACUUCUGAAUGUUGUGGGUAAUGCUGUGAAAUUCACAAAGGAGGGAUAUGUUUCCAUCAUAGCUUCUGUUGCAAAACCUGAGUCUUCAAGAGACUGGCGGCCCCCAGAAUUUUUCCUGGCUCCAAGUGAUGGUCACUUCUACCUACGAGUGCAGGUUAAAGACACUGGUUGUGGGGUUUUCCCACAAGAUAUCCCUCAUCUUUUCACCAAAUUUGCUAAACCUCAAAAUGGGUCCAAUCGAGAUAUCUGUGGCGGAGGCCUUGGGCUUGCCGUUUGUAAACGGUUUGUAAAUCUCAUGGGAGGUCACAUCUGGAUUGAGAGUGAAGGCCUCAACAAAGGUUGUGUGGUUACAUUCGUAGUUAAACUGGGGAUUUGCAACAAUCCUAACGAUUCAUCAGUGCACCAAAUAGUAUCUAGAAGUCUGCCGAGUCAUGGGAGCGCAGAUCAUACUGGACACAAUCCAACAUUUAGAAAAGACGAUUUGGUAGCUUCUUUUAAUCCUCAUCAUUACCAAAGAAGUUUUUAGAUACUAGAGGAAGCUGAGUAACCUCAGUAGCCCACUUAUGGUGAUUAUGAAUUCCUUUUUGUGGCGUGUGAAGUUAUCGGACAAAUCAGGGCACUAAUGUAAACUCUGAAGCUAUAAGCCUAUAACCAGCAUAGGAUAAAUAGAAGGAAACGGCAUGAAUGUCUGCCAUGAAUUACUUUAUGUUGUUGCCAUAAGAACUGCUACUUUGCCGUGAUGUCGUGGUACAACAGAAUGGUAAGACCAUGUACGAAUUCAGUGGAUUUGUGGAUUGUAAAUGGAUAGGAUCAAUGCAGUAGUAGGUAGUAGCAGUAUUGAGCUAAACCUUAAACGCUAAA